AUGGAAACAAAGAAGAAGAGGAAGGUUGAGGGAAAGUAUCGGCCAAAAGUGGAUACAAGUGGAAUUGGGCAAAUGAAGAGUAAACAGGUUGGUGAUCACUCCAAUUGUCCAAAACCUCCAAUUGUAAGUUCAUCCAUUCUGGUAAAUACUUUCUUCAACAAAAUUUUCUUCAACAGAAUUAGUGAAGAGGUUUAUCGUAAUAGGUUUUGUAAUAGGCUUGUGUUACUAGAGCGUGGUGCCCAGCUAGAUAAGAUGACAAUUGUGGAUUGUGCUCUUAUUUUUGGUUUGCGACAAUGGAAUUCUAUAGUUGAAAUAAAUAAGAACGAUAAAACUUAUGAUGGAUUAGUAAGAUUAUUUUAUGCAAAUAUGCAUGAUGUUGAGAAGGAAGAUUUGAAGUUUAAAUCUUAUAUGAGGAAUGUACAUUUUGAAGUGAAUCCGAAUUUGAUUUCAAGGAUAUUGAAGGCUCCCUCACCCUUUAUUGUUGAAAAUACUGUGACAUACCCAUACAAGAAUGUUGCAAUAGAACUUUAUGGUAGACCUUUUAAGCUGAACAUAGACACAUUUUAUCAAAGAUAUCUCACUAACAAUUAUAGGAUUUUAAACCGUAUAGUGGGAUGUAAUAUUAAUCCGAGAGGACACAGUGCUAAUUUUGGAGUUGAUAAAGCUCAUCUACUCUAUGGCAUUGGGAAGGGGAUAAUUAUAAAUCUCCCUUGUCUAUUAUUUAAUGAAAUUGUUUCGGUGUUUGAUGUUGAAGGUAAGCGAAAAAGUCUACCAUUCCCCAUCUUAAUUUCAAAGAUCAUGAUGCAUUAUAGAGUUGUCAUUCACCCAUCUAACACUUAUAAGUCCCCUUUGAGUCCAUUUGGUGAAUGCACAUUAAAAAAUAGUUUGGGGCAAACCGAUGCAUAUGAUCCAGAUGAUUAUGAUACCGGGGCCAGUACUUUAGGGGAUAUUGGACAAAUGCUUAAACAGAUUUUGGCAAACCAAGAGGAGUUGCAACAAGAAAUGAAGGAGUCUCUCAAGCAGCUCCGUGACGACACCAAUGAGUCUCUCAGGCAGCUCAGAGAAGACACCAAAGAGUCUCUCAAACAGUUGGAGAAUAAAUUGUUACCUCAAAAAGUACUCUUUUUUAGUGGUUGGAUUGUAGAUAACAUUUUAGUUGUUCAAUUGUAA